CUGAGUCUCCGCUCUGUCGCCUGUAAGCGGUGCACGCUGCUGCUCCUGCCGUACACACACACACACACACAGACACGCAGACACACACACUCACAGUCUCACGCACCAGACUCCCGAGUUGAAGAGCUGCGGGGAAAACGUCGACAUUUCGGGUGGAGCGGUGGUGAGGUUCUCACUGAACAGGACUACAGACAUCAUGGUGAACAUCCCAGAAUACUAUGCAGGGAAAAAUGUGCUGAUCACUGGAGCAACAGGCUUCAUGGGCAAGGUGCUGCUGGAGAAGCUGUUGAGGUCAUGCCCAGCAGUCAAAGGUGUGUAUGUGAUGGUCAGGUCAAAAGCUGGCCAGAGCCCCCAGGCCCGCAUCGCUGACAUGAUCAACUGCAAGUUGUUUGAAAGAUUGCAAGAGGAGCAGCCAGACUUUGCCGGGAAGAUCAUCGCAGUGAACAGUGACCUCACACAGCCUGAGCUGGACCUGAGUAAAGAGGAUCAGAACAUCCUGGCUGAAAACAUUAACAUCGUCUUCCACUGUGCUGCCACUAUCCGCUUUAAUGAGCCACUCAAAGAUGCAAUGCAGCUGAAUGUCUUGGCCACCCAGAAGAUGCUAGCACUGGCUCACAGGAUGAAGCACCUGGAGAUUUUCAUUCACAUCUCCACAGCUUACGCCAACUGCGACAGAGAGCUCAUUGAAGAAAUCGUCUACCCUCCCCCCGUAGACUACCGCAGACUCAUCGAUACUCUGGACUGGAUGGAUGAUGAUCUGGUGUCUGUGCUGACUCCCAAGCUGAUAGGUCAGCGUCCCAACACCUACACCUACACCAAAGCCUUGGCUGAGUAUCUGGUUCAGCAGGAGGCAGGAGACCUCAAUGUAGCAAUCGUCAGGCCCUCAAUAGUUGGAGCCAGCUGGAAAGAGCCCUUCCCAGGUUGGAUUGAUAACUUCAAUGGACCUAGUGGAAUAUUCAUUGCAGCCGGUAAGGGGAUCCUGCGCACGAUGAGAGCGUCUAAUGAUGCUGUGGCUGAUCUGGUGCCUGUAGACGUGGUCAUCAACGCCACGCUGGCUGCAGCUUGGUACUCUGGAUCACAAACAUGCAACAGGCCUAGAAACAUCCUGGUGUACAACUGCACAACCGGUGGGAUCAACCCGUUUCACUGGGGGGAAGUUGAGUACUGUAUAAACAUGACCUUCAAGACCAAUCCUUUAGAGCAGGCCUUCAGAAGGCCCAAUGUCAAUCUGCGCUCCAACCCCUUUACUAAUCAGUACUGGACCACUGUCAGCCACACGCUGCCAGCCCUGCUCUAUGAUGGCUAUCUCAGGUUGACAGGUCGCAAGCCCCGGAUGAUGAAGACGAUCACUCGCCUCCACAAAGCCAUGAUGGUCCUGGAGUAUUUUACCAGUCACUCCUGGGUGUGGAACACCGACAACGUGGCCAUGCUGAUCGCCCAGAUGAGCCCCGAGGAUAAGAAGGUGUUUAACUUUGAUGUGCGCCAGCUGCACUGGGCACAGUACAUGGAAAGUUACUGUAUGGGCACCAAAAAAUAUGUCCUGAAUGAAGAGCUGUCAGGCCUGCCGGCUGCACGCAAACACCUCAACAAGCUGAGGAACAUCCGCUACACCUUCAACACCAUCCUGGUGGUGCUCAUCUGGCGUGUGUUCAUCGCCCGAUCCCAGAUGGCCAGAAACAUCUGGUACUUUGUGGUGAGCCUCUGCUUCAAAUUCCUCUCCUACUUCAGAGCUUCCUCCACCAUGAGAUAAUGAGAGGGGGGGGCGGCACGGUGGCGGAUGGAGAGGUGGAGGGACGAAGAAAUGAAGAAAACACAGGGUCUGAUUAAAUUGAACCGUUAAACACCGUGGACACAGGCGGAGCUGCUGGACAAGCCUCUGAACGUUGCAUAUCUCAGACCUACCUAACCUGAUCUCUAGCAUUUCGAGCAGAGGGCAUGGAUUUAUUCUCACAGUGUACUCAAACUAACGCUAAGACUAAUAGCACUUGGACUCAUUAAAGAAACAGGACCACACGUCCUGAUUCUGUGCAUUUCCAGUCAGUCCAGUCCCUGGUGCCAGCUUUACUCCGGAGUACUUCCUGUAAACCUGCUCCGUCUUGUCCGUCUGCUCGUCUGCAAAACAAAGCUAUGCACUGGAUGAUGCUCCACUGCAAGAGUCCUCAGCUGGUUUUGGGUCAGUCCAGGCUUCAUUUCUGUGCUGUAGGUCUUUUCUGUAUCUGUAGUCUUUCAUUGGGAAAAAUAACCACUUCAGCUCUUGGGUUGGCUUAUUUUUCUCUGUUGACACCUGAAAGCAUCACUCCACAAUUUCUUUUUCUUUUUUUCUGAAGUUUGUGGGUGGUUCCCGUCAGUUUUAUGGUAGUAGGGCCUACGGAAAAAAAAAAAAAAAAAAAAAAAAAAAAAACCUGUUUCAAAAACAUAAACAGGAUCUUCGCUGGUUGUCAUCUGACGGCAGAACUUGUUAGGAAAGAAUAAACUACGCUCAGCUGCUGGGACACUGCAGCUGGUUUUGCACAUUUGGUCGGAGGCAGUUGAAGAAUGAAUCUGUUCUGACUCGGUGAAGGAUUGUUCAGGGACAGGCAGGGGUCAUUGUUUAAACUCUUCCUUGCCCUUGCAGCCCCACCUCCCCCCAAGACCAAAGCCAUGUCGGCCAAUGUUUAACAGUUGCACUGACAGCUCGGUGCAAAGAGAGCUGAUAUUGUCAGGGUUUGUGAAGCUUGCUUAUACUGACCCUUCUCUCACCAAGAGUUGUCAUUGGCCUUCGUUCCUUCUUCCUGCUUGUCAAAGACACACCCUCAACAAUACUGCACUCCUGUAUGAACUGCAAGUGGCUGGUUCUCUAAUUUUGACCGAGAACAAUGUAGAUUGUAACACGGUGGCUUUAGCCAGUGCCUACAGAUUAUUCUUGCAUCAGCAGAUCUUGCAAAUCAAGCUGCUUCUACUUCUUCUUCUUCUACAGGUUCCUUUUUGUCAUGUUCGAAAGUCCUAUGUGACAAUCUUUAAGCUAUUUUUGCCAAAAUACCUCUUAGCUAACAGGCUCAUAGCUCAGUAGGGGAUGAGACAGGUGGAGUUGACAGGAGAAAUAUUGUCACGUUUGGGGGCUUUUUCUCCUGUAUGCUUAGAAAUUUACACUUUCAUUACCAGUUAACACCUUCAGUCACAACCAGAAUGGAUUUAUACUGUAGGUGAUGUCUCAGUCACUUUUUUUUUUUUUUUUUUUUUUUACAGAGCUAAACCUUGAAAGUUGUGCACUAACUGUAGUUCACCAUUUUUGUCAUAGGUUUUGUCACUUUAGUCAUUGUCGUCUGUAAAUGUGUGUUAAAGUAACUUUUAUUUGUCAUGUUACUGGUUCAUCUCCACCUUAGUUGCUUCUGCAGAGCGAUGCAGGAUUCGUCAUGUGCUCAGAUCAUUCAGUUGCCUUCAUCAUUUCUUCUCACUUAAGGAAAUGUUUGCCUUUUCAGACAAUAAAUAUAGGCUGAUCAGCUGAAGUCCUCGCGUCAUACAUCUAUCUCUGUUUUUUAUAGGAGCCACCCCUCAAUGCCAUAUUAAUUCAUCAGUUAACGCACCUGAGGUUCACCUGUGCACUUUGUCACAUUUGUCGUUUUUGAUACCUUUUUCCCAAACACACACAGUCUGAAGAAGCAGGCUGCGACCAUGUGCUAGUCUUUGGUUGUGCUUGUGCACGUGCGUUCAGUGUCUCAGGCCAUAGCGACUUCAGACACCAAUGCGUUCGCCCUGUGAAUGUCCUGCAGUCAUUAAGGAAUGUGAUUUUUCACUCUCACAGCAUGAGCCAUUUUCCAUAGGAUCAUGUUAUCGGAGGAACACACACACUUUGGAAAGUGAGAAUUGUGCCUGAACCUUUUGUCGAUAUUCUAACAAUGUGAAAAGAGAGCAAUCAGAUCUAUGUUUUCUAAUUAUUUUGUGUACAGCUCUAUUUAGGUAGACAUCAAAAUAUAACAAUGUAUUUUUAUGCUAAUGACAUUGCGUGGCUCUUUUACUGACACAAAGCUUACCGAACCACCUUCAGCUGCUGUAAAUAAAACUUAAAAAAAAAAAAGUAAAUAUGUAAACGUAAGCGCAGUAUGUUCAGAGCUGAAUUUAACUGUUAUAAGUUGCUUGUUACUGUACACAUACCUUUUUUUCUCUCUCUCUGAAUGUAAGAGAAAAACAGCCUGACUUAUUUGCACAGCCGGAAUCUUCCUCUGACUCCUGAAACCACACAUUAACAAUACUGUAAUUGCCUCUACUUUUUAAUAUAAAGCAAGUGGAGGGCUGUGCGAUGAGUCCUUGUUGUUGUAACUCAGUUUCCCUGUGAUGGCGUGAGUGAGUAGGUCAGCUUUGUGGUGGUGAAUGGUUGUUGUCAUGCUUUUGUGUAGUGUGGUGGGGUGAAAAAAAAAAAACAA